UGCAGCCAGCAGCAGCAGGAAAAGACGGUUGACGUUCUUACGCCUGGCUGGGUGAUUGGCGAGGUAAGAUGGCGGCGCCAGAGGAGCCAGAAUUAUCCCAGGCGCAGACCGAAAAACUCCUUCAAUUUCAGGAUUUAACGGGGUUGGAAUCAAUGGACCAAUGCCGCCGAACAUUAGAGCAGCACAAUUGGAACAUAGAGGCUGCAGUGCAGGACAGACUUAAUGAGCAGGAAGGAGUUCCUAGUGUGUUUAACCCUCCACCAUCCAGACCUCUUCAGGUCAACACAGCAGACCAUAGAGUAUAUAGUUACAUCGUCUCCAGGCCUCAACCCAGGGGCUUACUAGGAUGGGGUUACUAUUUGAUUAUGCUACCAUUCAGAUUUACGUAUUACACACUUCUGGACAUAUUCAGGUACGCGCUGCGAUUCAUCAGACCAGACCCUCGCGCCCGAGUGACGGACCCUGUAGGGGACGUCGUGUCCUUCAUUCAUAGCUUUGAGGAAAAGUACGGUCGGUCACACCCGGUGUUUUACCAGGGGACCUACAGCCAGGCACUGAAUGAUGCCAAACGGGAGCUCCGCUACCUAUUAGUGUACCUGCAUGGAGAUGAUCACCAGGACACUGAUGAGUUUUGCCGCUCCACACUAUGUUCGGAAGAGGUGAUUACGUUUAUCAACACCAGAAUGCUCUUCUGGGCAUGUUCAACCAGCAAACCAGAGGGUUACAGAGUGUCCCAGGCAUUGCGGGAGAACACCUACCCGUUCUUGGCCAUGAUAAUGCUGAAGGAUCACAAGAUGACAGUGGUGGGCAGACUGGAGGGCGUCAUCCAGCCAGAAGACCUCACCAAUCAGCUUACAUUCAUCAUGGAAGCCAACCAAACAUAUCUGAUGUCAGAGCGUCUGGAACGAGAGGAGAGGAACCAGACCCAAGUCCUGAGGCAGCAGCAGGAUGAGGCCUACCUGGCCUCCCUCCGCGCCGAUCAAGAGAAAGAGAGAAAGAAACGAGAGGAGAUAGAGCAGCGGAAGCAAGAGGAAGAGAAGGUCCGACAAAGUGCUCUGGCAGAGGAAAGGAGGCGAAGGACACUGGAGGAGGAGAAGGAGAGGAAGUCGGAGUGUCUUCCUCCAGAGCCGCCGGCCGAUGAUCCAGAAAGUGUCAAAAUAGUGUUUAAGCUGCCGAAUGACACGAGAGUAGAAAGACGAUUCCUGUUUGGUCAGUCUCUGUCGGUAAUACACGACUUCCUUUUCUCUUUGAAAGAAACUCCAGAGAAGUUCCACAUAGCUACAAACUUCCCCCGCCGAGUCCUGCCCUGCCUUCCAACCGAGGAGCAGUCCAACCCACCCACUCUGAAAGAGGCGGGACUCAGCCGCUCCGAGGUCCUUUUUGUUCAGGACCUGACGGACGAUUAAUAAAUGACAUACCUCUUCCAAGUGGAAACGCAUUUCCCCCCUAACACCCUCCCAGUUUGUUGUUUUUUUAAAUUUUUUUUUUUUUGAUAUUUUGUCAAAUGGCCAUAAUGCUUAAGGAAUCAUUGAGAUAAAACCUUCUCCUGGAAAAUGAAACCAUCCUGCAUCCAGUCCACCUUUAGCUUUUUACAGGGUUCCCCAAAAGUCUGGAAAGUCUUAAAUUUUAUCCAAUAAAUAUUUCUUCAAGUUGUU